AUGAGGUUUUCCUACACUCAACUGAUAUAUGGUCUUUGUGAAGCAAAGAGGAUCGAUGAAGCUUUGAGCUUGUUGGUGAAAAUGAAAGAUGACAAUUGUUGUCCUAUUGUUCGUACAUACAAUGUGCUUAUAAAUGCUUUGUGUGGAACAUGGCGUAAAUCAGAAGCGUUGAGUUUGUUUAAGCAAAUGUCAGAAAGUUGCAUUAAGCCUGAUGUGUGUAUGUAUACUGUGCUAAUUCAGAGCUUUUGUAGUGGAGAUAAGCUCGAUGAAGCAAGUGGGUUACUAGAUCAUAUGCUGGAAUUUGGGUUGACGCCAAAUGUUAUUACAUACAAUGCAUUGAUUAAAGGGUUUUGUAAGAAGAAUGUGCACAUAGCAAUGGGACUUCUUAGUAAGAUGCAAGAGCAAAAUUUGGUGCAAGACCUGAUUACUUAUAAUACAUUGAUUGCUGGACAGUGUAGCUCUGGUAAUUUAGACAGUGCAUAUAGAUUGCUUAGUUCGAUGCAAGAAAAAGGAUUGGUUCCAAACCACCAUACAUACAGUAGUUUUAUAGAUUAUCUAUGUAAAAAUGAGUGGAUGGAAGAAGCGCGUGGCCUGUUUGAUUCCCUCACUCGUAAAGGCAUAGACGCAGACGUCGUCAUUUGCGUGCCAGAUUUGUAUACAUAUAAUGCCUUGAUACACGGGUUAUGUGGUAAUGGGAAAUUAAAAGAAGCCUUGUUACUGAAGGUAAAGAUGGAGAAGUUAAGGCUACAACCUACACAAAGUACAUACACGACGUUUAUUGCAAGAAUGCUUAAAGCAGGGGACUUUUCUGAAGCUGAUAAAUGUUUUAAUGUUAUGUUGUCUUCGGGACAAAAGCAUGAUGCUCAGAGUUAUGGAUCAUUUAUCUCGGCGUAUUGUAGUGCUGGGAGAUUGCAAGAAGCUGAAGAGAUGAUGGUGAAAAUAAGGGGAGAGGGUGUUACUCCGGAUGAGUUCACUUAUACCUCAAUGGUUAAUGCUUAUGGAUCUCUAGGGCUAACUUAUUCUGCAUUUGAUGUCCUGAAGCGCAUGUUGGAUACUGGCUGUGAACCUUCUCACCGUACAUAUAUGUCUCUGAUCAAACACUUGUUCAAGAAGAAACGCAUAACAGAGAAGUGUGGUGGAACAGGAAGUUACUUGGAGUCCACGGAUAUUAUGUGGGAGAUGAUGGAGUUUGAUAGCAUUGUCGAACUUUUUGAGAAAAUGGUAGAGCAUGGGUGUAACCCUGAUGCCAAAUGCUAUGAGAAGCUUUUAUUAGGGAUAUGUGAAGUUGGAAAUUUAGAGAUAGCAAAAAGAUUGUUAAAUCGGAUGGAAAGAAUUAGGAAUAUCUCCAAGUGA